AUGGCGCCAAGUCCCAAGACUUUUGACAGUGACGACAGUGUCCUUGACCCAGCUAUCAAAGCGCAUAUCGCAAGCCUAUACUACGCUGUGGAUAACAAAGAGCUUGAAAGAUGGGGUUCACACUUCACCGAUGACGCUGAGUUGAAGAAAGGCGCGACCAACGUCAAGUGCAGAGAGACUGGACUAGACUUGGUCGAACUUGUCACUAAGUCCUGGGCUGUUGUUCAGAGUCGUGAUCAUACCGUUUAUAAGGUCUUUCCAUUCGGUGCCAACUCUGAUGAGGUGAUGAUGCACGGGCGAAGCAACAAUGUGUCCCUGGAUGGCGUGAAGUCCACUUUCACCUGGGCCGCCCGCAUGCACUUCCGCAAAGCAGAGGACGGUAGCGUACUAAUUGACAAAUACACUAUCAUUGUGCUGCUAAGCCUAACGGCGUCGUUGAAGUCGCGUAUAGCGAGGUGCGAGAGGGAUCUUACUAUGGGCGCUAUUAACUAG